AUGGAAUCUUCAAGCCUCCAAGCCCAGAUCAACUCUCUCAUCACCUUCCUCUCCUCCCACUGCUCUUCCGGGAAAGGCCUAGGCACCACCUCCUCAGCCAUCUACGACACAGCCUGGCUAUCCAUGAUCCAGAAACUCCCCAACUCCGGGCACUUCCUAUUUCCCCAAUGCUUCACCUACAUCCUCCGCCACCAACUUCCAUCAGGCGGAUGGACCUCCUACGCCACGCCCAUCGACGGGAUCCUCAACACAGCCGCCGCCCUCCUCGCCCUCAAGCGACACUCCCUCCAUGUCUUCCCUUCUCCCCAGCCCACCACACAACAUGAACCCGAACUCAAGAACUGGCCCUUGCAGCACAGGAUUGAGAAAGGUUCCACCGCCCUCCAAUCCAUGCUCUCCACCUGGGACGUCUCCUCCACCGACCAAGUCGGUUUCGAGCUCCUCGUCACUCGCCUCCUCUCGUUGCUUGAAGACUCCGGCGUCACCGGCCUCUCCUCCUUCCCCGGCUCUUCUACCCUCCGCGCCCUGCACGACGCUAAGCUGGCAAAGCUACCCGCCAACUACGUCUACACCGCCCGCUCAACGCUGUAUCACUCGCUCGAGGCGCUGUGGGGUUACAUCGAUUUCGACAAAGUCGGACAUCUGAAAGAGGAAAACGGGAGUAUGCUCGCUAGUCCGGCGUCCACUGCUGCUUACCUUAUGGGUUUAGGAGAAAAGGGGAUGUGGGAUGAGCAGGCGGAGGAAUAUUUGAAGGGGGUUGUGGAUAGGGAGAGGUUUGAAGGAGAAGGAGAUGGGGGGCAGAAGGGGGAUGGAGGGGUGCCGUGUGCGUGGCCGACCGAGACGUUUGAGGUUACGUGGGUUGUUACGACGCUUGUUGAGGCGGGGGUUGAGUUUGGGGAGAGGGAGGGGAGGGCGAUUAGGGGGUAUUUGGAGGAGGGGUGGGGGAGGCAGGGGGGGUUGUUUAGUUUUUUUCCCGGCGGACUUGUCGAUGCGGACGAUACGGCAAGAGCAAUCAUGGCGUUGAGACAUCUUGGUACCAAGGUGGGCGUCGAGUCGCUCAUUAGGGCGUUUGAAGCGAAGGAUCACUUCAAGACGUAUGAAGGGGAGAGGAAUCCGAGUAUCAGCGCUAACUGCAAUGUUCUGACGUGUCUGUUGAUGAUGGAUGACCCAACGGUUUAUGCCCAGCAGAUUGUCAAGACGGCAAAGUUCCUUUGUGAGCAGGUGCACACCGAUAGUGUGAGGGAGAAAUGGCACAUCAACGAACUCUACUGGAUGAUGCUCCUCUCCCAGUCCUUCGCCACCCUCUUCGAUAGCAUGUCCGCCAACCCCUCCCUCGAAGCAUCAAUCUUCCAACUAGCUCCUGAACUCCAGGAGCAAAUCCCAAUGACUUCCCUCCACGUUCUCACCAAAGUCCUCGGCUCACAAGGUCUCGAUGGCUCCUGGGCAAAUGGCAUCGCCGAAGUCACAGCAUACGGCAUCCUCACCCUCUCUUGGCUCUCCCAUCUCCCCUGGAUCCAACAGCUCGGACGCAUGCACGGUGUCAACUUCAUCUCCGCUAGCAUCGAAACGGGCAAGGCCUUCCUUGAAGCUCACAAGCAAGACUGGAAAAAGGGGCAGUACCUCUGGAUUGAGAAGGUCACCUAUGCUUCGCCGGUGUUGUGCGAAGCGUACUGCCUGGCUGCGGCAGCUGUUCCUUUGCCUGACUUCACUGGUUCGACGGUUGACGCGGAUGGCCAGGUCGUGCAGAGCACCAAGGAGUCGCUCUUCGUUUCCGAAGGGUUGCUCAAGGGUGUGCUGAAGGCAGGGCAGCUCAUCUCUCUUACGCCGUUGUUCAGAACCCUCGCGCCGCAACUGUUGAGGGUGGCGGAGAUGCAGGCCUGUUACGCCCUUGGCUUUCUUCAGCGGAAGCGGAAGGAACUGGGGAUCUUCCUAGCUACCGGAGGGGACGAGAAGUACAUGACUUUCAUCCCCUUAACCUGGACCGCAAGUAAUGCACUUCGUGUCCAGGCCACCGGCGGCCACAGUCACAGUGGAGGCCUGAGCAACUACGUCCUCCAAGAGAUGAUGAUCCUGUCCAUGCUCAACUACCAAGUAGAUGAGUACAUGGAGACCGCAGUGGAGCGGGACUUCCUAGGCUUCUACAGCGGAAGCAGGGGAAGUUUUGAAGCGGUUAGGGAAGUGGUUGGGCAGGUCUUCGAGGAGUUUGAACCCUCGGGUAGGAGAAGAAGUAUCUGGGGAGAUGCGGAUCACACGCCUACCAAUCUGAAAGAGAUUCGGGCUACCCUCUCCCGCUACGUCAGACACAUCUUGCUGCACCCAGCUGUGAGAGGUGCACCGGCGAGUGUACAGGCCAGGUUGGCGAAAGAGGUGCAGACGUUCUUGCUGGCGCAUGUUCAGCACGCUGCUGAUAACAUCCAAUUUGCCGCUUCCAACCAACUGAACAUUGCUCCCAGGGAGGAAGAAACCGGCCUCCCCUCGCCCAUCUCCGAGCCCUUCGAUGCUUCCUCUCCCCCACCGUCCAAGCGCCGCCGCCUUUCCUCAUCUGCUUCCCUCAAAACACAAGAGCAACCCAAGAUCUUUUCCCCAGCAGACUCAAGAACUUUUUACUCCUGGGUGCGCACUACCUCAGCCGACCACACCUCCUGCCCCUUCUCCUUCACCUUUUACACCUGUCUUCUUUCGCACAGCCAUCCCUACAACAGCAACAAGACCGACAAUCUGUUCAACAAGGACGCCAAGACAAGCUAUGUGGCGGAAGCGAUGGUGAGAAGCUUGGCGAGUCUGUGCAGGAUGUAUAACGACUAUGGGUCGAUUGCUAGGGACGCUGGAGAGGGGAAUUUGAAUUCGGUAAACUUUGCGGAGUUCCACACUGCCUCUUCUGGUGGUGCGAAACGUGGGAAGGAGGGUGCGUUGGAGGGUAGCGAUGGGAAUGGGGAGGAAGAGAAGAAGGUCAAAGAGGAGUUGAUGUGGAUUGCGGAGUAUGAAAGAAGGGGGAUGGAAAGAGCAAUGCGUGAACUGCAAGGCUUGGUGGGUACCGGAGAGAUGGAGAAGGUAAAGUUGUUUGUUGAUGUUACGGAUUUGUAUGGGCAGAUUUAUGUGGUGCGGGAUAUUGGUGUUGGGGUAAAGAGGGGUUGA